AUGGAUGACUUGCCCGCUGACGGUUCGAGUCUCCCUAGUUCCUUCUAUGCGGCAUACUCUGGGAUGAUAGCCGGAAAUCCCCAUUACAGCGUCAAGGCGUGCAUGCCAGCAACCCAAGGCAACUCGCCAUGGGAAAAUCCAAUUCCGAACUCCGCAUACCAUAUCAGAAGCCCUUUAUCCGAUUAUGGCAUCAAUUUCCCCGGUUUUUCCGGCGGACCAACUGUUUUCAAGGUGGAAGCCGAUAGUACCUCAGGGUAUUCCGAAUUGCCUUAUUAUAUUAAUAAUAACACUGCUGGUGGUGACCUUUUGCCACGAGACCCUGACGAGUUUGCGAUGAGCAUUCACUGA